UGUUUGCCACAUCACAGACUGACUGACUCCGAUAACAACAACAACAACACUUCGUCUGCCUCUGUUGUUGACGUUCCUCUUCGAGAACAACUGUUAUAUGCGUACGUGGUAAAAGGAGCUGUUUAUAGGAGGAUCAAGAGCCAGUGAAGUAAUAUAUCUUCCAGCCUGUUUAUGGAUUCUACGAAGAGACAUUGAUCAUGGAAACUGGUACUCCACUUUUAGAAAAUGAACCCCUCGGAUUUGGGGAAGAAGAUGAACCAAGGGGAAAGCUCAAACACCCACUUGUGACGACAUUUCAUUUGCUCUUCCGAGUAACAGCACUUUUAGCUUAUGAAUUAUGUGGGUUUUUCUCCAACGGCUUCAUUGGUUCUUUUAUUGUCAUCGUUAUACUCUUGUCUAUGGACUUUUGGACAAUCAAGAAUAUAACAGGCCGCCUAAUGGUAGGACUUCGAUGGUGGAAUUACAUAGAUGACGAAGGGCAAAGUCAUUGGGUUUUUGAAGCUCGGAAGGGUGGUCUUCAGGGUCGUGUGUCGCAGACGGAGGUGCGUGUCUUCUGGGCGUCCUUGGUGGCUUUCCCCAUCAUAUGGGCGAUACUCUUCCUAAUUGCAUUGUUUUCCUUCAACUUGAAAUGGGCUAUGGUGGUGUUAAUUGCCUUGACACUUAGUGGCAGCAACUUGUACGGAUAUGUCCGCUGUAAAUUAGGCAAAUCAGAUAGCAUUACACAAUCUAUUAAGAAUGUGGCUAGUGGAAUUAUGCAAAAGCAGAUGAUGAGCAAUGUUGCCAACAUGUUUACACGUGCUCCACCAGCAACAAACCCAAGCAGCACAGUGUGAUGUUUAAGGGAGAAUUCUUAGAGGCUCUCUUGAAAGAUGUGUUAUCAGUAUAUUGCUUUUAUUUAAUAUGUGAUACAAAACACUAUUGAUGGAAUGUGUGGUUAUGAUGUACGCUUUAUUGAAUGUUUAUGAAUACUUAAUUUUAAGCAUCAUUAAUAAAUAGUUAAACUUUG